AUGGUCGUUCAAGAGUUGCACGAGAGAGUGCGACGCACGCGCAGAAAACCAAUUUGUGAACGCCAUCGUGUGGAAAACACAGAAAAGUAUUUUCGCAGUUUUUUAUCCAAUUUUAGACAGAAAUGUAAUGUCUCGGAUUUAUCACUUAAAGACCUUUCUGAAAGGUUGACAACGUUGUUACUACUCCUAAGUGGACAACGAUCUCAAACAAUACACUUAUUCUCUAUCGCAAGUAUGGAGCUUUCUCCAACCCGAUGUGUUUUUCAAGUGCAAGAAAAAGUGAAACAAUCUCGAGUAGGUUACCAUAUUGCUCCUAUAGUGUAUGAAGAAUAUCCGAAAGAACCAGCCCUCUGUAUUUUAAUGCACAUCAAGGAAUAUAUUAAGCGUACACAGAAGCUUCGCGAUCCGGAACUUUCUCAACUAUUAAUUAGUUAUGUUAAACCAAAUAAGCCAGUGUCUCGAGAAACUAUUGCUCGUUGGUGUAAGAAUGUACUUAAAUCAGCAGGAAUUGAUACCAAAAGAUUCAGCUGUCAUAGUACUCGGGCGGUAUCUACUUCAUUAGCAGCAGAAAAAUCGGGCGAUAUUGACAAAAUCAUUAGCUCG